CUUCUCCUGCCGGCAGCGGGUGGGUGCCAAGGGGCUGGGUGCCGUGGGAGCCGGGGAGCAGCACCCCAACCCCGCGCCUGCCGCGGGGUGCAGCCGCUUGCGGAGGAACCGGCUGCUUCCCUGCCUGCAGCACCGCGGCAGCUGGGGGCUUCCCCCCGGGCGGCUCUGCCCGCCAUGGAGCAUCUGACGCUGGGCUUGGUGCUGCUGGCCGGGACCCUGGCCGCCGGCACCCCCCCACGCCGACGAGACCUCAACGCCGUCAAGGAAGUGGCACUGGACAUGGCCCCCACCUCCUUCGACGACCAGUACCAGGGCUGCAGCCGCAUGAUGGAGGAGUUGCUGGAGGAACUCAACCGCACCGAGUUCGCCAACAACAGCGUCUACGCCAACACCUGGACCCUCGCCGCUGCCGAAUGGCGGAGCCGACAGGGCCGCGUCCCCCGGCUGCCGGCGCUGCGGCCGGAGCAGGCGGUCGCCCUCCUGGCGUACACGCUGCCGGAAUCCCUGUACGAGGCGUUCAACAAUGCCGUGCGUAAGGCCGGGCGCUCCCGCGAGGAAUACCUGGGUGCUUUCCACUUCAAGGUGCUGCAUUUCCUCAUGAGCGAGGCCCUGCGCACCCUGCGGGAUGCCCAGCCCCGCCGCUGCCACCACGUCUACCGGGGCGUCCGGGACAUCCGCUUCACCGCCCAGCACCACCAGCGUGUCCGCUUCGGCCACUUCACCUCCACCUCCCUCCGGAACGAGAGCACCCAGCCCUUCGGCCAGGACACCUUCUUCUCGGUGGACACCUGCUACGGCGCCUCCAUCAGGAACUUCUCCUUCUUCCCCACGGAGGAGGAGGUCCUCAUCCCGCCCUUCGAGAUCUUCGAGGUCACCAACGUCACCCGCGACAAGCACAGAGCCUUCAUCCAUCUCCGCUCCCAGGGCACACGCAGCACCUACAACUGCGAGUUGGUGAAAGAGAAGAGAUGCAAGAGCCAGCCGUGCGUCUUCAGCGCAGGCAGGAGUGUCCCCAGGGACCCCCCACGCCUCUGGGGGCUCCUCCUGGCAGCCACAGCCCUGGCAGUCAUCGGGGGCCCCUGAGCCACGACGCCACCGCUGCCACCGCACCCCAGCAAGGAAAAGGGAUCGGGAAUGGGAGCCGCCAGCUUCACGGAGACGGCGGGAUGGGUCGGAGCAGCAGGAGGGGCCGGGGGCAUGGGGACAGCCCCGCUGCAGGGUCCCGCACGGCGGCCACCUGUGCCCAGCUCAGCCCUGCCACAGUGCCACCGGCUCCGGGACCCGCCGGCAGCCCCGGGACACCAGCGGAGCCUGGAUGAGGCCUUUCGCAGAGCCACGGCUGGGGCUUUUGGAUACAGCUGAGCGUGGGGUCUGCAAGGGGCUGCUCCAGGGAGGGGGGGCUGGCGCUGACAGGGACCGGGGGGACGCAGCAGGGCUGCUUUUGGGGAUUCCCCUGCCCAGCCUGUUGCUCCGCCACUCGCCUUUGCCUGGCUCCCAGAAGAAUAAAGAUUUGCUGUGGGA